GCUGAAAGUGAAGGAUUUCAUUGAUGAAUGCUUCAAGAAGAAAGUGUAUUUAAAGGUAUACAACCACAUGAUCCACCCAGUGCCAAGGAUGCAUGAUUUUGAAGAUUCAAAAACUGGAAAAGUGGAUCCUCCUGAUGUAGUAAUCAAGAUGGGAAGGCCAAAAAAAUGCAGAAGGAAGGAUGCAAAUGAUAAUCCCAACCAAGGCAGACAAAGAUCCAGCAAGUCACAUGGUGCAUCAGGAUCUAGAAGACCUAGUACCCCACCCCAUCCACCUUUUGAUGAGAAUGUGACAAUUCAAGAAGAGGUACCUCCAAUUUAUUCCCAACCAUCUCAAGAUUCCAUGCCCGAAAUUGCAGUUCAGCCCCCACUUCCACUUCAGCCACAAAUUGCAGUUCAGCCCCCACUACCAGUUCAGCCACCAAUUCCACUUCAGCUACCACCUCAAACAGCCCCAGGACAAUCUUUUAAGAUUCCUAAACAGAGUAGCAGAACAGCACUAGGUGAGACUAUCACUAGAGGAUUGAAUGUGCAUAAACCAUCACAUGAACAGAUUGUUCAUUCAGAGCAAAUAACUCAACAACCUGUCCAACAAGAACAUCCACAAUCCUCAACAGCUUAUCAGCAAAAACCUAAAGCUCUUAGAAAGCAAAAAAAGCCAAUAUCUUCUUCAACUAAAUUGCUUAAGAGACAACAACAAGAUGCUCCAGAUCAAUCCUCCCAAUUCAAGAGAAAAUGUUGUGCAGAGAGAAAUCCAUCUAUUUCUUCACUGAUCAAGGGUUUGGCCAACUCAUAUAGGCCAGGACAAACCAAAAAAAAUGAUGAAAAUCCUGAUGGAACAUCAAAGCCCACAAGAAAUGUAUGAGGUGCAAUUGAGGUUCAAUUUUUAUCUAUUUUGUGAUGUUUUAGUGAUGGAUUUUGCAAAACUGAUGGUUGCAAAUUAGAAUUUUUGGAUGUAUAGUUGUAAAUCAGGAUGAAAAUCUAGUUGUGUACAUG